AUGGCUGCCUCCAGCUGGCGCGGGGCUGUGCUCCUCCGAACCGUGUCGGGGCUCUGGCAGCCAGGUCCUGAUGCCGCAAGGGAAUGGAUGAUCCGGCUCCCCUCUCUCUUGGGCUGUCAGCGGAGGUGCGUUUCCUGUGUAGCGGGCCCGGCCUUCUCUGGUCCCCGCCUGGCUUCGGCUUCACGCCCUAAUGGCCAGAACUCAGCCCUGGAUUGCUUUCUCGGACUCUCUCAGCCAGACAACUCGUUGCCUUUUCGCGUCCCCGCCGUGUCGGUGCACAGAGAUGAGCAAGAUCUCCUCUUGAUCCACCGCCCCGACAUGCCUGAGAACCCCCGAGUCCUACGAGUGGUCCUCCUGGGUGCCCCAAAUGCAGGGAAGUCUACACUCUCCAACCAGCUGCUGGGCCGAAAAGUGUUCCCUGUCUCUAGGAAAGUGCACACCACUCGCAGUCAAGCUCUGGGGGUCAUCACAGAGAAAGAGACCCAGGUGAUUCUACUUGACACACCUGGCCUCAUCAGCCCUGCUAAACAGAAAAGACACCAUCUGGAGCUCUCUUUGUUGGAAGAUCCGUGGAAGAGCAUGGAAUCGGCUGACCUGGUUGUGGUACUUGUGGAUGUCUCAGACAAGUGGACUCGGAACCAGCUCAGUCCCCAGCUGCUCCGGUGCUUGACCCAGUUUUCCCAAGUCCCCAGCAUCCUUGUCAUGAACAAGGUUGAUUGCCUGAAGCAGAAGUCCGUUCUCCUAGAGCUCACAGCCGCCCUCACUGAAGGUGUAGUCAAUGGCAAGAAGCUCAAAACAAGGCAGGCCUUGCGCUCACAGCCGGGCCCCCAUCGCCCUAACCCAGCAGCUCAGGGCCCAGAUGUGCAGCCUGCGAGAGACCCUCAGCGGAUGGGCUGGCCCCACUUCCAGGAGAUCUUCAUGUUGUCAGCCCUAAGCCAGGAGGAUGUAAAAACACUGAAGCAAUACCUCCUGGCACAGGCCCAGCCAGGGCCCUGGGAGUUCCACAGUGAGGUGCUCACCAGCCAGACACCUGAGGAGAUCUGUGCCAACAUGAUCAGAGAGAAGCUCCUGGAGUACCUGCCCAAGGAGGUGCCCUACAACAUACAGCAGAAAACAGAAGUCUGGGAUGAAGGGCCAAGCGGGGAGCUGGUGAUCGAGCAGAAGCUUCUGGUGCCCAAAGAAUCUCACAUGAAGAUCCUGAUUGGUCCAAAGGGGUACCUGAUCGCUCAGAUCGCACAGGAGGUGGGCCGUGACCUCAUGAACAUUUUCCUCUGUGAAGUUCAGCUCCGGCUGUCUGUGAAACUCCUCAAGUGA